CACGUGACCUUUAUAUAACAUUACAACAAUAUGGCCGCAACUGCAAGACACGAGAUGAAGAGAUUUGCUUUCUCUUUGAGUCGAAAUGGACUCCUUUGGAGACGAGCCCUCCAUCACCAAACAGCUAAUAGCCAGCAGACUCAAGUCACUGAAGAUAAAUCAACGCAAACUGAGAAGAAAACAGAUGUUGAGCCAAGGCCCUUGUAUCUAGAUGCUCAAGCAACCAACCCCAUGGACCCUCGCGUGUUAGAUGCCAUGUUACCAUAUUUGGUAUCAUAUUACGGUAACCCUCACUCACGUACUCAUGCCUACGGUUGGGAGAGUGAAGAAGCUGUCGAGAAAGCUAGAAAACAAGUUGCUGAUUUGAUUGGUUCUGAUCCUCGGGAGGUUGUUUUUACAAGUGGAGCAACUGAGUCUAAUAAUAUGGCCAUUAAAGGUGUGGCUAAUUUCUAUCGUUCUAAGAAGAAUCACAUCAUUACAACACAGACGGAGCACAAGUGUGUUCUUGAUUCUUGUCGGUUUCUUGAAAACGAAGGUUUUGAGGUCACCUAUCUCCCCGUCAAAUCAAACGGAAUCAUUGAUCUACAAGAGUUUAAAGACGCCAUUAGGCCCAGUACAUCCCUGGCAUCAAUAAUGACAGUGAAUAAUGAGAUUGGAGUGAAGCAACCAAUUGCCGAGAUAGGUGAAAUAUGUCGAGAAAACAAAGUAUUCUUUCACACUGAUGCCGCUCAGGCGAUUGGUAAAAUACCCGUUAAUGUGAACAACAUGAAGAUUGAUCUCAUGUCUAUCAGCGGACACAAGGUGUAUGGUCCUAAAGGCGUUGGAGCUUUGUACAUCAGGCGAAGGCCAAGAGUUAGGAUUGAACCAAUGAUUAGUGGGGGCGGUCAAGAAAGAGGAAUGAGGAGUGGAACUGUGCCACACACACUGGUUGUUGGACUAGGAUCAGCCUGUGAAGUGGCACAGCAAGAAAUGGAAUAUGACAGGGAGAGAAUAAGUCGAUUAUCAGAGAGACUGAUCCAUGGGAUCACCUCACAGCUUGAUCAUGUGAUCAGGAAUGGAGACCCUGUUGAGACCUAUGACGGCUGUGUCAACCUGUCUUUUGCUUACGUUGAGGGGGAGAGUUUGUUGAUGGCCAUGAAACAAGUGGCAUUGUCAUCUGGAAGUGCAUGUACAUCUGCUUCAUUAGAGCCGUCUUAUGUGCUACGGGCUGUUGGGGCUGAUGAAGAUCUGGCCCAUUCUUCUAUCAGAUUUGGCAUUGGACGGUUUACUACUGAGGAAGAAAUUGAUUUCACAAUUUCCAAGUGUGUAAGUGAAGUUACUAAACUCCGCCAGAUGAGUCCUUUAUGGGAGAUGGUCCAAGAGGGGAUUGACCUCAAGUCGAUACAAUGGACCCAGCAUUAGGGAGACUCCACCCAUCACCACGCCCACUUGCAAAUAACUGUUCAUCUUGGUGUCUAUUGUCUUGUAAAAAUAUUUUUGUCUUUUUUGUCAAUGAUUCUUCUUUAGAUUAUGUAUCGGAAGAAAUCUCUCUUCUAUUUACUCUC